AUGGCUACUCACGACUACUAUCCUCAAUCAAUUGAGCUACCUCACUUCACUGCUAAUGUGAGCCCUGUAUUUCCAUUAAUCCUGCGAUUUGGUGUCUUGUGGGCAGCCGUCAUCGUGGGAUCCUACAGCCUCAUCACUCGUCUUCGACCGGCCUACAAGCUCUCGGAUCAAAUUGCGUUUGUUUGGAUGUGCCUGAGUUUGUCUCUUUUCCCAAUGAUCUUAACAGCUCACAUUACUGAUACAAGAUUAGCUGGAUUCAUCCACUUAUUUUUCGAAGCCCAUUUCGUCAUUUACCAUGCUACAUUAGCUGGUCGCCAAGGUCUAUUUGAUCAACUAUGGAAGGAAUACUCCUUGUCUGACUCGCGGUACCUUACCUCUGAUCCAUUCUUGAUUAGCAUGGAGGCCGUGACAGCGUUUUGCUGGGGACCAUUGGCAUUUCUCAUUGCCUAUUGCAUCUUGGUACAGCACCCUAUGCGACAUGGCCUGCAGAUUACUGUCUCUUUGGGCCAGGUCUACGGCGAUGUGCUUUACUAUGCCACAAGCUUACUGGACAUCUCUUACUGCCGACCUGAGGGGUAUUAUUUCUGGUUUUACUACGUCUUUUUCAACUUUAUCUGGCUUGCGGUUGGUUGCUACUACGUGAAGCAAAGCUUCACCGAGAUUUGGAGGGCGUUUGAAAAGGUUCAACGUUUGAAAUCAGACUGA